CGCCAUGACGCACGCCAACGUGACUACGUCAUUGAUACGUCUACGUAGAAAAAACAUGGCUGCCUCUUGUAUGGACUAAAUCUUUCUCGAAUUUAUACUUUGACGAUGUCAUCAACCGACACACAGCAAGUGACAAUGCCCGACGUUCUGAAGACAGAGGCGAUCCCUGAGGAUCCAAAUAAACAGAAAAUGUCCGAACUCCCCAAAAAUGACAAUAAGCCCGUGCUUCUGAUAAAAAACAAGAAAACAGCGGCUCAGAAGAAGAAGAGGAAGCCAGAGAUUCCGAGGAGGAAGAAGAAGAAACCAGAUGAUCCCGGUACGCCAGUUCCAUUAAACCUGAACGACGAGGUGGUGAGGAUGAGGAAGGAGGUGAAAAGGGUGAGGGCGCUGGUCAUCAGGAAGUUGACUAGGCAGAUGGCAGGUCUGAAGAAAAAGAAGGGGAAGGAGGAAGAUCUGGAGAGGAACCGGAGGAGGGUAGGCCGACUGCUGGAAGAAAUCCAUGCGAUGAAGACACUCAAACCUGAUCCGGUGACCAAGGCUGCCCUUCAUAAGAACCUGAGUUUUGAGUUUGCCUGUAAGAACCCAAAGGCCACCAUUUCUGACCGAGCUAUAGCCCGUAUCGCCACUCACCCUCAGUUCAGCAAGAAGAUAGACACCAUCAAAGCUGCCAUUAAAGCCUUCAAGGAUGAGAGGAUGUCAGUAGAGAAAGGAGACCAGAAGGAAACGGUUAGAAAGCAGCCUUUAAAAGUGGUCGAGGUGAUCGAGCAGCCGAGGGACAGCGAUGGAGGAGGAGGAGGAGGGGUGGAAGGUGAAGAGGGAGAUGAAGAAGAGAUGGAUGAGGAGGAAGAUGGAACACCCGCGGAUGAGGAGGAAGAUGGAACACCCGCGGAUGAGGAGGAAGAUGGAACACCCGCGGAUGAGGAGGAAGAUGGAACACCCGCGGAUGAGGAGGAAGAUGGAACACCCGCGGAUGAGGAGGAAGAUGGAACACCCGUGGAGAGUCUAACGGUUGACGAACCAGCUGUUCUAGAAAAGCAACCUGUUGAUAAGACGGUCAGGGUUACAGAAGAAGACGACGUUUCCACGAUAGAGAAUAAAGAAUCGGCCAUAGAGAAUACAGUAGCUGACCCUCAGCCCACGGAGAUGUCAGAGGCCGAUAAAACUCUGUUGGACUCAUCCACUCCAUUCACAAUAGAGGCCCCACAAGUAGUACCUACCAAGAACAUAGUAACCAUGAAAAAUACACCACAGACGCAAGUAGUCCAGAAACUCACAAAGGACACUCCAGCCACUCAGAAGACUCAAGACCCCAAACCCCAGAAAGUCACUAAACCUCAGAAUAAAGAUGUUAAAAACAAGCAGGAUGAUGAAGAGGAUUCUGAUGAUGAUCAUGAGGAAGAGGAGAGCGACUUGGAGUCUUCGGACGACGAGAAGGAGUAUUUUGACGACAGCACGGAGGAGCGUUUCCGUAAGCAGUCCUCCCAGUCGGAUGAAAGCGACAACGAUGAUUUCUUCCUGGGGAAAGUCAACAAGUUCAAAAAGAAGAGUGAUACGACUACAGCGCCACCAGGUGGAGGGGAGGGGAAGAGCAGCGAACUGGGGAAAAACCCACUGCUGGAACCACUGGAGAGCUUAAACCCACACCACACUGAACUGGAUGAGCUAGAGGCCAGACUGAACUCCAAGGGGAAGUCUAUCUUCUGCUCCAGUCUGUCUGGGUCCAGAGGUGGUAGAGGCAGGGGUAGAGGCGGAGGCAGGGGUAGAGGUGCAGGCAGGGGUAUGGGCCGAGGAGGGGGUAGGGGAGGGGACUUCAAGAACCGUGGAAGAGGGGGAGAUGAUGGCCCGUCUCGGGGUCCUGGGUCACAUGAUGGGGGUUCUGGAAGGGGAGACUUUGGGAGGCAACGGGAAGGCAGAGGCUUCUCCUCCACCCCUUCAUCUCAGCCACCACAACAGGCCCUGCACCCGUCAUGGGAGGCCAGUAAGAAGAGGAAGGAGCAGCAGAACGUAGUAGUGGCCUUCCAGGGAAAGAAGAUCAAAUUUGAUGAUUGAGCUUAAGGCCGGCGAUAUGGCCAAAAUGUAUUGCAAUAUUUUUGAUGUUAUUUGACAGUAUUUCAUGUUUUUAAAUAAUAAAAGUUAUCCAUUUUGCUUUA